AUGGCGCAAUGUUCCACAGAGAUCGAUAUCCAUGCUCCAAGGAUCGUCUAUCCAAACACAGGCAAAGAAUCAAUCACGACAAUGGCAGCAGCUACGCCCCACAGCAAACAACUCAUACCACCUGAGAUCAUUCUCCGGCUCAUCGAAGCUAUGGUAGAAGCCGACGACGAGAAAUUGAAUCGACCUACAAUAAUCUGCCUCGGUCUUACCGCGCGUCUCUACUGGAACUUCCUAAAAACACAAUAUCCUAUGCAACAGAGAUCAACUACCUCAUCAUGUUUCCCGACUUCCUUGGAACAACCUUUUCUCGAUAGAUACGGCAUGAGACGACUCGCGCAGGCACUGAAGACAUGGAUUGGACCUGACUAUCGCCAGGUCUCGGAACUCUUCCUCAACGAGACGAUUGGCUGCCAGAUCAUGUUCUUACGCCGCGAGGUGUACGGAGAUGUAUCUAAAGACGACUACAUCCACCCUCGUGAAAAGGAAUUAGCAGAGAGACUUCGACAUUGGAAGGAGUUUCCAUUUAAAGAUUGGCCAUCAAAUGUACCUAUCCAUUCCCCAAUACUGAAGACAUUGUCAAAUCCUUACGGAAUGGGUAUGCAAUGGUAUCCCAAAGCCGCCCGGGAACUACUCAAUAUAAUCGACAGCUGUCAGAGAUAUGAAAGAAACAAUGUUUCGAUUGUUGGCCGUCAUCCCGAAGGCAUUCAGUUUUCGUUUUAUCUUUCGCAUCUCGAUAGCAUAUUGUGGAAAUGGGUACGUAAGAGGGACAAAAAAGAUACAACAGAGUUGAAAAAGCUUAAGAGGCAAGUGAGACAUUCAGAUCAUGUAUUUGGAAGGCUAUGA